AUGAUAGACAUGAUCCUGAAAAUGCUUCUAGGGAAAUAUUUUGAAUCAGGUGACAACAACUUCGUAACCAUGAACAUGAAAGCGGGGAUUGAAAUUCGAAACAUCAUAAUAAAAAACGACGAAAUUAACAAUUUUUUAAAAAGUAAAAAUAUAGAUAUAGAAAUAGUUUAUUUGAAAAUAGAAAGAAUUAACAUAAGUUUCAUAACUCUGUCAGGCGUAUUAACUCUAAAAUUACAUGGAGUGGACUUAAGACUUAAGCCAUAUAUUCAUAAAAAUGCUUCCAAAGGAAUUAAAAACAAGUUGAUCAAUUUGUUAAGGAAGAAUCAAGAAGGAGAAGAGGUUUUGCUUUGUACACCCAGGGUGGAGAAUUUCAACCACUCAAAAUUCAAAACAAAAAAACAAACUAUGUGUUGUUGUUGUGAAAGCUAUAAAGAUGAAGAGAAUAGUCUCUCUUGCUACAACAACUUUAGCAAAAUAAAAUCCUAUAUAUGUGAAGAAUGCUGCAUUCUGAAAAAUAAAGAUAAGGAAAAAAGUUGGAAAUUUAUUAAAAAUCAAUUCAAUUUAAAAAUAAAGUACUGGAACCAUCAGAAUGAUACGCGGAGUUAUGUUGCACCUAAGACAAAACCUGUUCCCAUUACCACUGCUGCUGCUGCUUUUAGUAGUAGUAGUAAUACUACUACUACUACCACCAAUAUAGGUAACAAAUUAAUCACCAUCAAUUGUGGAAAAUUGCACCUGAGGAGUGCAGAAAAGCUUAGGUGUAAUGAUGACAAGGAGGAGUUGUUACACACAAGUGUAAUUAGAAGAAAAUGCAUGAGAAAUGUCCUAAAUGAAAAGGAGAAAAAUACAUUUAAUAAUAAAGUAGUAGAGAAGCAAAACUCAAGAAAAAUUUCCCCUCAUUUGGCAAAUCUAAGUAGUAUAAACAAAACUAGUGUACCAUUCGAGAAAUGUGCGAAAUUUGUCCCCAGGGGUGUAGAAAAUUUUCGUAAUGAUAAUUCAGUUGUAAUGACAAAUAAUGAGUAUAUCGACUUUGGUAUGUUAAAUGGUGCGAAGAAUAAACAAACUGCUUUUGAUAGAUAUAAAUGGGAUUAUAAUUGUUCAAAUGAUAGACAUUCACCAAACAACACAAACAUGAAGAUGCAGUUGAAUAUGCCCAUGAGUAAUGGUGGAGAACAUUUGAAUGCAAAGAAAAAAGACUCGAACAAGUGCUUUGUGCAUGGUAACAGUGACGAUUUGUGGAAUAUAAACAUGGAAUUAAAAAAAAAAAAAAGUGUGAACAAUUUUCAUAUGUUUGAUGACAAAAUUGGUGAUAAUAUUUAUUAUCAUGAAAGCGGUAAAUUAAGUCAUCAUAUACCAGUAGGUUCGUUGGAGAAUAUCCCUCAUGGGAGUUACCAGAAUGUAGGUAAAAUAAAUACGCAUCAUCACUUCAGUCACGAAUGCAGCAAUUUGUUGUAUACAUACAACGGAAUACAUAACAAUAAUUGCAUAAAGGUAAAAAUUGAUCAUCUUUUUCACGAAAAUUUAUAA